AUGACUGUCGUGGGCGUCGGCCCCGGCGAUCCCAACAUGCUCACCCUCAAAGGCCGUGAGGCCAUCGAAGGGGCGGAUCUGGUUGUAGGCUUCAAAACCGUCCUUGACGUGGUGGCAGGACGCACUGGCCGUGCUGAAGUGCGCCCCAUGGCGUACCGGGACCAGGAGGCCGUGCUGGACUACGCGCAGGAGCAGGCCCGGCAGGGCAAGCGCUGCGUCGUCUGCGUGUGGGGAGAUCUGAACGUCUCCGCCAAGGAGUUGCUGAACCGCGUCCGCCGCCGCGCCGAAAGUGUGGAGUUGAUUCCCGGCGUCAGCAGCAUCCAGUUCGCGUGCGCCCGCGCCGGAAUAUCGCUGGAAGAAUCGUUGUUCCUGACCCUGCAUCAACGCUGGGAUCGGGGCUCCGAAUUGGGUGAAUUGGUCGACACGCUGAACCGGGACCGACGCAACGUUAUUCUGCUCCCCCGUCCCUUCGACUUCAUGCCGCCGGCCAUCGCCGCCAACGCGAUCACCGAUGGCGCCGACCCGAGUCAUCCCGUAGUCGUGUUCCAGCGCCUCACGUUGCCCGAUGAACAGCGUUGGGACGGCACCCUGGCCCAGCUUGCCCCGGUCACCGACGAAUUCAGUGACCUCUCCAUCAUGGUGUUUCCCCGAACCGGCGAUGACGCGGACUGA